AUGUAAAAUAAGACCAUCUUCGAUAAAUUAGGAGGCUAAGCUAAUAUUGACGCAGCUGUUGUCAAGUUUUAUUAAAAAGUACUCUCUGAUCCAUCUGUCAGUCAUUAUUUCAAAAACACAGACAUGAAGAAAUAAACAGAGAUGUAAUAAAAGUUCCUUACUAUGGCUUUUGGAGGACCCAAUAACUAUAAAGGAAGAGUAAUUAUAUUAUUUUAUAUAAUUAGGACAUGAAAGCUGGUCAUGCUGGUCUUGGAAUUACAACAGCUGCCUUCAAUACAAUUGUUAAGCAUCUUGGUGACACUUUGAAAGAAAUGGGAGUUCCAGCAGAAGUUAUUGCUGAAGCUGCUGCUGUUGCAGAGACCACAAGAGCAGAUAUCGUUGAAAUCAAAUGA